GCCACGUCGGGCCCGCCUAGUGUCUUCAUCCAGCCCAUGGGGCUUUUCCGGAUUCCUUUUAGUACUCCAUGACUCGCAGUAUUGUCGCGGCACGACACACACCUCCUGCACAUGUGGGCAGCACCCAUGCCAAAAACCACCAAUGUACUUUCGCACCGCAAGACAUGCUGGGUAGUCUGUGGUACUCCUUCACAUUUUGUUUGUUUGUGGGAUUUUUGCUACAUUGCAAAAUAGGUUGAGGAGGUCGUCGAAAGCCAGGUAAACGAGGAGGCACAUACUCAUCAUACCAAGCAUGCCUUGCGGGCGUUUGGGAAUAACCUUUCAUAACAUUGCGUAAUGUGAUGCGUUAACUUGCUUGUGUUUUCCUUUUGUUGCACUGUGAGUAAGUCAUUCUACCCGAUGCCACACCGCCAAAGCCUUUAACCCAGUCAGAACGUCUGCCCACCCCUGGACGGAUGGGAUACUUUUCUGGUGUCGGACCCCAAUAACCUGAUCGUGGAUCAGCCCUGCAAGUUACAGUCAGCUUGCAGGGGGGUCUGCGCCACCUACGGGAAGGCCUUGUGAUGUUUAAGAACAUAGAAAUAUGUAUGUAUUAUCUUCACAAAGAGGUGCAAAUCAAGCCUCAGAGGUCACGUGUGAUUGACGGGUGUCAGUGAGAAGAUCACAAACGAAGAAGACAUUUGCUUCUUGGACCAAAUGAAGGGGCAAGGUCUCGUGGUGGCACUUCCCUUUUUCCUUCUUGUCUCCAUCAGCAGUGAGGAAGGAAGGACGUCAGAUGAGCUGUCACGUGUUCGCUGGGGAAGAGAGGCGCUCUUCAUGGGCCAAAUGCACCACGUCCAUGCGUAAAGAUGCUGAGGUUUCCUCCUUCACGCGCGUACACUAGCUCUGUGUGCAGGCUAGCCAGCGGCCCGACAUGUGACCACGCACGCCAUCCUCACUGCCGCCAUCUUGCUCCCGGAUCUAGGGGGCGUGGCCUACGGGGUAUAAACACAUGCGCGGGCCGCAAGGCGGCCUCCUCGCAUCCUCAGCCGGAGACUCCCACAGGAGAAGCUGCCAUCACGUCCUGCCUGCCUGCCUGCCUGCCUGCCUGCCAUGGCCGUCAGCAAGUCCCGAGUGGCGGUGGGCUUCAUGGUGGCCGGAGCCCUCAUGGCCCUCUCUGGAGUCAUCCUCAUUUUUGUGGGCCAGGUGGUGAUGAAGGACCAGAUCAUCAAGAACACUGUGAUCGACCCCAAGAACGAGAUGUCCUACACCAUGUGGAAGGACAUCCCAGUCCCCUUCUUCAUGUCCGUCUACUUCUUCCACGUCCUCAACCCCAAGGAGGUCCUGAACGGCGAGAAGCCCAUGGUGGAGCAGCGAGGACCCUACGUGUACAGGAAACGCUGUCAGAAGGACAACAUCACGUUCCACGACAACAGUACAGUGUCGUACCGCGAAUACCGCCGCUACUUCUUUGAGCCCAGCAUGUCGGCGGGCAACGAGUCUGACGUGGUCACCAUCCCCAACAUGCUGGUCCUGGGGGCGGCGGUCAUGAUGGAGAACCUUCCCUUCGCCAUGCGCCUGUUGAUCAGCGCCACCUUCAAGACCUUCAAGGAGGGCCCCUUCCUCACCAAGACGGUGGGUGAGCUCAUGUGGGGCUACGACAGCGGCCUUGUCGACUUCCUCAACAAAUACCUGCCCGGGAUGCUGCCCAGCUCCGGGAAGUUUGGCCUCUUCACCGAGUUCAACAAUACCGACACCGGCUUGUUCACCAUCUUCACGGGCCAGGACGACAUCAAGAACGUUCACAAGGUGGACUCCUGGAACGGCCUGACACAGUUGUCCUACUGGAGGACGCCUCAGUGCAACAUGAUCAACGGUACGGCGGGUCAGAUGUGGCCCCCCUUCAUGACCCAGGAGAGCACGCUGCCUUUUUACAGUCCAGAUGCCUGCAGGUCCAUGGAGCUGGUCUACCAGCGACCCGGCAGCCUGAAGGGGAUCCCCUUGUACCGCUAUGUGGCGCCCAAGACUCUUUUCGCCAAUGGCAGCGACUACGCUCCCAAUGAGGGAUUCUGUCCCUGUCGCCAGUCGGGGCUGCUGAACGUCAGCAGCUGCCGUCACAAUUCUCCCGUCUUCAUCUCUCAUCCUCACUUCUUCAACGCUGACCCGGUUCUGCUGGACUACAUUCAAGGACUCCACCCCAACGAGGACGAGCACGGCCUCUUCAUAGACAUCCAUCCUCAAACCGGCGUCCCGCUCAACGUGUCCAUCCGCCUGCAGCUCAACCUCUACAUGAAGAGAGUGUCAGGAAUUACGGAGACUGGGAAGAUCUCUGAGGCCGUCAUGCCGAUGAUCUGGUUUGAGGAGAGCGGCUACAUCGACGGGCCCAUCCUUGACACCUUCCACACCAACCUGGUGGUCCUGCCCAUCGUUAUGGAAGUCAUGCAGUACGGCUUCAUCGCCCUCGGGCUCGCCACUAUCCUUAUUGCCGCCCUGGUGUACUGCAGACUGAAGAAGGCGGCCGAUAAAGUGCCCGCUCAAGGCCGUGGCGCUCAGGAGAAAUGCAUGCUGGGUGACUCAGACAAAUGAACCCAACAGCAGCGCCACGUCCGAAGGGAACGCUUCCAGCCACGAGAGAGACCCGCUACUUCCUGCCCACGACUGACACUCACACACACACACACACACACACACACACUGAUUUGACUCCGCCUCCCUGAUGGGCUUCCAUCACCGUGGAAAUGGCACAAGCUGUGACGCUGCGUCAAAUGGAGCUCGCCGCCGCCGGCAGCCUCGCACCCUGUCCGGGGUUUCGGCAAGAGGCGUGACCAUUGCUCUACUUCCUGUUUUUACUUCACUUAUCCCAGCAGGGGGCGGUGCACACCACCUUGAUGGCAUUGCUUCACCACCUUGCACCAAACGAGUGCUGUGGGACUUUCACUUGCCAUUUUUUGCCAAAGCUUCAGAACCACACAAUCACUGGCACAAUAAAGCUGUUGUCACGGCAACAUCCCGCGCACGCGCGUGUGUGUGUGUGUGUGUGUGUGUGAGAGACAGUCCCUCCAACCUGUCCUGGUCGGACGUGCCCUGAACACCUCCCAGGAGGCGUGGUGCCCCAGCCUCCUCAUCUGGCUCCUCAAUGUGGAGGAAGAGCUUCUUCUCCAGGUUUCUCAUCUUAUCGCUGAGGGGGAGCCCAGCCAUGAUGUUCCUCCACCACACCGAAUGGUGAAUCCUGGCUUCAUGCGUCUUCCGACAUGUUUGGCCUCACAGUACAGGAGAUUAUGACUUUAUUACUGGAUUAUUCCUUGGGACUUUCGUCGCUCAUUCAUUUUCUAUAAUAAUAUGUUUAAUAUUUUAUCAUGUAUCAUUGUUUCAGUUAGGACAGUAUUAG